GCGCGGUGAUCCUCCUGUUACCAGCUCAUCGUACCGGCACACGACUAUAUAUUUUUUCUGUUUCUUUCGAAGUGCGAACGGCUUCGGUUUCCACGAAUCCACGUGACUACUCGGGUGGGAGCCCUGCAAGUUCAAUACGUACGCCCGUCGUUGUUGUCUAACUCGUUCUUCUUGGGUAAAGAGAGAGCCGUGUACGGAAGAGGCAACGGGAAAACAAAAGAGCCACAGGAGAAGGAGCGAAGGUGGCACCCCCCCCCUCCACCCGCUGUCGUCAUCAUCAUGGCCAUUGGUCUGGGACGGACAAUUGGGAAUCCAAUCUUCCUCUUCUUCCAAAUCGUUCACGGUGUUAGUCUCUUCUUCAUCAUGCUGGGCGUCGCACGCGUUGUGCUCGGCGUGCUGGAGCUGACGACCAACGCGGCGGCGCCUUCCUCCUCGCUGCCGCCCCCUCGCCCCUCUGCGUUACCUCCACGGCAGCAAGCGCUGUCGAUUGCACACUCGCCUGCAGCCGCAUUUCCUCUCCCUACAGCGGAGCGGAGCCGUAUUUUCAGCCUCCACCAAGUCGCCUCCCAGCAGCUUCCCUAUACCGCAAGUCUCGUAGCGGAUCAGCUCGCCCCGGCGGCGGAAGAGCUCGUGCCUUCCUUCCCCGCGCAGCUCAGCUACUGCUUCCACGUCCCUCUCCAGUCGCUCUUCCACAGCCCGGUUGCCAUCUACUUGAAGGCCAACGAUGAAGGGGGCCCUCCUUUGCUGGACGCGGCCAAAAUGCCACCGCUUCGCUCCGACGGUAGUGCGGGCCGCUUUUAUCUGCAGCACUUCUGCGCCGCUGUGCUGUGCGCCUACCCCCUUGCCCUGCUCCUCCAGCGCCGCAAGUUCGUAUUGGACUUCGUCGUGACCAUCUACGCGGUCUAUUGGGUCUUUACAGACUUGAUGCUGCAGGCGGUGUUGGGUGGUGGGACGUGGCAUUGGUGGGGGGCGUGCCUGACGGGACUGGCCACCAUGUACGCCGUGACCUACGUGAUUUGCCGAAGGAAGGAGAUGCAGGAGGUGAAGCUGUCGAGCGGCGGGGCUGGAGCAGGGGCGAACGCAGCGACCGUGCUGACGAGCACCACCACCACCGCCAGCGCCGCCGCCGCUUCCAGGUUAAAAGACGGCCGCGGCGAGAUCAACAGCAGCGACGCACGAGAGAUGGAGGAGGUGCGGCCGGUGUUUCAGGACGCGUUUUGCCCGUCCGGCGGGCAGCCGCGGUGA